AUGAAGUUCUCUGCUACUCUCAUCGCUACUGUUGCUUUCUUGGCUUCUGCUAUGGCUCUUCCUACCAAUAGCACUGUACCCAACAAUGGUAUGGGUGGCACCCUCGCUACUGCUAGUAUCACAGUUGAUAACCCUAAUGCUGUUGCUCAAAGUGCUUCUACUAAGCUCAAUACUGGGAUCAUGGCUAUUACCUUGACCUCUGCUGUCACUGCUGCUUAUGCUUUGAUCUGA